GCCAAGGCACACAGCCCAAGCACACCAGGAAAUAGUACUAAUGGAGGUAGAGAAAAGCAAGAAGAAUAAGCAGUCAGGCUACUUUUCAUGGUUAGCUUGCUGCACCAAAAGCCCCCCCAUCUCUUCUUCAACUUCAUCUCCACCUUCUCCAGAAGUUGAAUUUCCAGAGAAGGAUAGCAUGGUUCUUUUGCCAAUUUCAAAGAUCACCAAAAGAAAGCCCGCUGGAUGGAAGGCCAUGCCUUACGUCCUAGGAAAUGAAACAUUUGAGAGGUUAGCAACGUUUGGGUUGAUGGGGAACUUCAUGAUUUUCUUGUUAACAAAGUUCAACAUGGAGCAGGCAUCCGCUGCGAACGUCCUCAACAUAUGGUUUGGUGUGACUAAUUUUGCACCCUUGAUUGGCGCAUUCAUCUCUGAUGCCUACGUUGGCAGGUUUUGGACCAUUGGUGUUGCCUCCUUCGCUUCUCUUGUGGGAAUGGGAACCCUAACCCUAAUUGCUUGGAAACCUGAACUGCAUCCUCCUCCAUGCACCCAACAGCAACUCCCUGGAUGCCAGGGACCCACCACACCCCAACUCUGUGUUUUGUUUCUGGCCCUUGGAUUCCUAUCCAUAGCCACAGGUGGCAUCAGGCCAUGCAGUCUCCCGUUUGGUGUAGACCAAUUUGAUGCAACCACCGAUGAGGGCAGGAAAGGGAUCAACAGCUUCUUCAACUGGUACUACACCACAUUUACGGUGGUCUUGAUCUUGGCCCUAACUGUGGUGGUUUACAUACAAGACAGUGUCAGUUGGGUGUUAGGAUUCGGGAUACCCGCAGCGUUUAUGUUAGGCUCCAUUUUGCUCUUCUUUUUCGGGACGAGGCUCUAUGUGUACGUAAAACCGGAGGGGAGUGUGUUUUCCGGCAUCGCUCAAGCGGUUGUUUCCGCCUACAAGAAGCGCAAGGUUAAGUUUCCGGCUGUGGUGGAGGGAGAGGUUCCCGCGGCUUUCGGGGUUCUUUAUGACCCGCCGUUGAAAGGGACCAUAGUGACAAAGCUCCCUCUCACAAAUCAAUACAGGUGCUUAAACAAAGCCGCAAUAGCCCUAGACGGAGAGGUUAAUCCAGACGGUUCUCGGGUCAACCCGUGGACCCUGUGCAGUAUCCAGCAGAUUGAAGAAGUAAAAUGCCUGAUAAAAGUAAUGCCAGUCUGGGCUUCUGGUAUCGUCUGCUUCACUGCCAUCGUCCAACAGGGAACCUUCACGGUCUCACAAGCCCUAAAAAUGGAUCGCCACCUCGGACCCAAGUUCGAGAUCCCACCCGGGACCGUCAUCGUGAUAUCCAUGAUCACGCUCGGGUUGUGGGUCCCGCUCUACGACUGGGUGCUCGUCCCCGCCUUCCGACGAAUCACUGGACAUGAAGGUGGAAUCACACUCCUCCAGAGAAUUGGGACUGGAAUAGUUUUCUCAGUCCUCUCAAUGGCUGUGGCCGGAGUAGUCGAGAAGAAGAGAAGGGAUUCAGCCCUAUCGCACGGUGGUGGGCCCAUCUCAGUCAUGUGGCUGGCCCCACAACUCAUCCUACUGGGAUUUUGUGAGGCAUUCAACAUCAUAGGCCAGAUUGAGUUUUACUACAAGGAAUUCCCUGAAAACAUGAGCAGUGUUGCCAAUGCCCUAUUCUUCUGCACCUUUUCCUUAGCUAGUUAUCUGAGCAGCUUCAUAGUGACCAUCGUGCAUCGUGUCACCGGAGGGGGCGGCCGCCCGAACUGGCUGACGAACGAUAUCAAUGCUGGUAGAGUCGAUUACUUUUACUACGUCAUCGCUGGGAUGGGGGUCGUGAACUUCGUUUACUUCUUGAUCGUGGCGAGGAAGUACAAUUACAAAGUUCGUGCUCAUUUUGGGGAAGAGAAAUCCCAAUUUGAUGAUGAGCUUGACGCCGUGAAACAAUGAAUUCGAAUUUGCUGAGUUUUUGGGGACCUUUGCGUUAAUGACUUAAGUCGGAGAAAUGUCAGCAAAUCCUCGACGAAUUGAAGGGAAACAAAGUAAUUCAAUAUUUUCUAUGCGAAAAAGAGAAAAGAAAGGUCAUUUUAUAGUUCUUAUAUAUACAUAUGUAUUAAGCUAUAUACUACUAAAAUGGCAGACAUAUUAAAAUUUCAUCUCAUCAGGAGAAAUUGUAAUGGGGAUAGUGACAUACCUGUACAAGUCUUUGUAAUAGAGAACAUUUGGUGUAGUAAGAAUAAGAUCAUCUCUCUUGCCAUUUAUUGGCAUUUUA